AUGGCUCCUUCGCCGCCUCGACUUCGCAUCUUGUCAGUCGGUGGCAAUGCUGUCUCGGCUUUCUUGUCAUGGAGGUUGCAGGCAACCAACUCGUGCGAUGUGACCCUGGUGUGGAAGUCUGGCUUCGACGCUGUCGCCCAGUACGGCGUUUCUUUUCGCUCAAAAGCAUUCGGCAAUGAACGCUUCAAGCCCCGACAUGUCGUGCGGUCGCCAGAAGAAGCCUCCUCGCGGGAGAACGCCUACGACUACGUCGUGCUGUGCGUCAAGGCCCUGCCCGAUGUCUUCGACCUCGGCUCUGUCAUCGAAUCCGUCGUCACUCCCCAACACACAUGCAUCCUGGUCAACACAACAAACACUGUCGGCGUCGAAUCUCACCUCGAGCAACGCUUUCCCACCAACGUCGUGCUGUCUCUAGUCUCAAACGUCAACCUCACCCAGACGGGUAUCAGUGACUUUGAGCACGAGGGCUCGUCCGAGAUGUGGGUAGGACCCGCCAGCAAAAACCCGUCCAUUCCGGUGGCCAUCCAGAACGACAUGGCUUCGGCUCUGGCCAUCACCCUGACUUCCGGCCAAGUCGACUGCAAGGUUUCUUCCAAUAUCAGACAAGAACAAUUUGAGCGAAUGAUCGGUCCAAUUGCAUUCCACCCGGCUAGUGUGCUUUUCGAUACCCCUAACCACACCCAACUGCUGGAGAAGGUCGGCGUGCGGCAGUUGAUCACCGAUGUGAUUGACGAACUGAUCAAACUGGCCGAGUCUCAAGGCUGCUCUUUCCCCUCGGAUUUCCGGCAAAAGACCAUUGAGAAAAUGACUGCUGGGCCCGAUACCCAAAGUGUCAUGUAUCAGGACUUUUUGGCUCGUCGCCCGAUGGAAGUAGAAACCUGCCUCGGCUCACCUGUGCGGUUGGCACUGGAAAGCGACAUCCGCGUGCCUCGUAUCGAGACUGUCUACGCCAUGCUGCAUCACAUCAACAUCGUCAACCAGACCAAACACUCCCAUUCCGAGUCUCCUCCGCCAAUUCCCUCCCAGCUCCCUCCCAGGACGUCGUCCGUGCCCCCAACCCAAAAGCCCAUGACCAAUGGAAUGCGGUCCAGCCGAACGGCCUCUGGGGUGGGAAUGGGCAUGCCACCACCCCAUCAAAGAAGAGGUCCCCCACCUAUGAACGGUCCUAUGAACGGUUCAAUGAGGCCACCCAGCCAUCAGCCUGGUCCACGGCUCCCACGUGAUGUCUCGUUUGAUGAUAAUGGAUUAGAAGAGUUUAGCCAUCUUGUCGUCUAUGAUGAGUUCCCUGGCAACGACGGUGUGUCCAAUGGAAAUGGUGUCCAUCCCCCAGAUAUACCGAACGGAGGACCUGGCAUCCCCAACGACGUGGCUUUACGUGAACGCGAGUUUGCCCUUCGCCAGCGAGAGUUGCAGCUACGUGAGAGAGAAAUGCAUAUGAGACGUGGACCUCCUGGCCCUCGCCGUGUCGCGCCUCCACCACAGCAUGCUUUUGACGAAGAAGAUGAAGACGACUAUGUUGACCCAAUGGACUUCCGCCCUCCUCCUAAUGUCGACCCCGAACAGAUUGACAUGAUGAGCGUCACUUCCCGACGGACACGGAAAGCACCCAGUGCUAGCCAAUUGCGCCGUAAUCCUGACUUGGGCAUGCCAGUUAAUCCCCGACCGCCCUCAUCUACCAGUCGCUUCUUUGGUGGUCCUCCUGGUGGACGGAAAAACACCAACUCUCGACUGAUGUCGGACAUGCCGUCGCUGCACGCCGCACUGCUUGAUGAUCCGAUGAUGGGCUAUUCAUCCAACCGAUACGGCAACGUCGACCGCAAGGAAAUGCACAUCGAUUCGAGAGCGAACUCGUUAUCCACUGUUAGCCGCAUGGGUGACUACGGUCCCGGUCCCGGCCCCUACCCUCCCAGCCGACGAACGAGUGCAUCGCCCGCUGCGUUCCCCCCUGGUCCGCGUGGCAUGGGCCGGCCCAACACUGCACAAGAACCUCCGUAUGGCCCUCCAAACGGCAUGCUUGGGCCCAACGGCAUGCCACCGCCGCCGCAUAAUCGCCCGUCCCCCCCGAACAUGCGGGCCCCUGUUCCCCGAUACCCUCCCGGACACGGAAACACGAUGGCUGCACAGCAAGUGGAACAAAACUUAGGGGUGAGCAAUUCAUAUCCAGUCAAGAAUUCUCAAAACGUUCGAAGUCUGACUGGAAGUGCGAGCGUCAGCGGCGAGAGUGGUGAUAGCGGAGCGAGUGCACACAUUGAUUCCGAAAAUUCGGCUCAUAGCAGCCAGAUCAGCCUCGGCCACCCCAUGCCCAUGCCCGUUCGCUAA